AUGGAUCCAGUUCAAGAGAGAAACAAGUAUGCAAAUACCAUACUUGUUGAUAAAGAACCAUACGAAUCUACAGAGGCUAUUCGAAUCCGGUUAUCACAAGCCAAAUUAAUAAAUAAGAAUUUUUAUUUGCUUUUCUCUGAAAUUUCUAAAUUAAAGCAUAAUUAUGUGAAGAACUUGAAUCGUAUCAUUAGUAAUAACGAGGAUUUGAACGAGAUCCUAAAGAAACAAAUGAUCGAAUCUAAAGUUUUAGAACCUGAAGAAAUGUUACAAUUUGACUUCAAUUCAUUAGGUGAAUUAAAUUCGCUUUGGAAAUUAUUAAUAAAUGAAUUAAAAAUCGAAUCUCAAUCAAAUUAUAAUUUUUAUCAAACUAUUGAUUCUAAUAUCAUUCAUUCAUUAAAGGAUUCCACUGAAAAUGAUAAUAAAUGGAAUGAAAGUAGAAAAUUACAUUCAAAAUUAUCCAAGAUUGCAGCUUCGAUUGAAAUGUAUUCAAAAAAUAAUCCCGGUGAUGGUAGUUUAGAACAAUCUACUAAAGAAUGGGCAUCUAAUGGUCCAUAUUUGUUUGAAUUAUUUGAAACAAUUGAUUAUAAUAGAUUAGAAAUUUUAAAAAACGUUCUUUUAAAUUAUCAAACUGGAUAUAGUGAUUAUCUGUUAGCUAAUACUAAAAACUGUGAAACUAACAUGACUAAAUUUUUAGAAUUUAAUCCGGAAUUAGAAAUCGAUCGAUUUGCUAAUGAUGCUAAUAAUUAUACAUUUUUAUUUAACUCGACCCAUAAUGAAUCUAUUGAUCUUAUUAGCCAAACUUCAACUUCACCUUCCAAGGUGAAUACUAAAUCUCCGCAAAAGGAUAAAUCAAAAAGAAAGAGUGCUUUUGGAGCAUUAGAUAAGAAAUUCACUUCAACAUUCUCUAGUUCAAACUCGAAUUCAAAUUCAUCUCAAGAUUUAAUGAAUAAUGAAUUUUCUAAUUCAGUUAAUAAUUUAUCCUUAAAGAGUAGGAAAUCUUCAGGAGGUUUAAAAUCAAAAGUGGGUUCUAUCUUUGGAAGAAAUAAAAAUCGUGGUAAGAAGUUAGAUUAUGAAUCAGAACCAAUCCCUGAUACAGAUCUUUCUACAAGGACUAUACAAUCUCAAUCUCAAUAUCAAUAUCAGAACAAUAUUAAUCGUGUCACUUCAGCUGCUGGUAGUGUAUCUACGUCUAGCUCUGGUAACAGACGUGUGAAUACGGAUCGUAAAUCAACUGUUGAACGUAGGUCCAAUAUUAUAGAAAAUAAACCUGCCCUUUCUGAAACUAAGUCUAAUAUUUUAGAAAAUGAGCCUACAGAAAGUAAACCUAUUUCUACUGAUAAUAAGCCUACUUUGACAGAUCAUAGUUCUACAAACAAUACAAUUCCAAGGUCAGAAUCACCUGUUAGAAAAAUGAAAGAACGUACAAGUUCUCAAUCAUUAUAUCAAACGUCUCACACAAUUCAAAAUUAUAUGGCGGCAAAUAAUAAUAGCAACAAUAAUAGUAAUAAUAAUAAUAAUAAUAAUAAUAAUAAUAUCAACAAUACCAACAAUUUUACUGGUACCACCGAAAAUAUAGAGAACCCAACAUUAUCUAUAUCUCAAGCUCCACUACAACCUAAUAAAUCUCAUUCUAAUUCUAGGGAUAACACUCCGCCAAAUGUUCCCAGUGCAAGAAAGACUUUGAACCCUAAUAGACCUUCUUGGAUCAUGCCACAAAUGACAGGUGAAUUGAAAAUGUUGGCACCUCAAGCUACAGGUUCAUCUAGUGUAAUUACAGGUCAAUCUUUAUUCCAGCAUUCUACAUUGGCUAAUUCUAUGAUUGGGUUGAAUGCAAGUGUGGCAGAAGUAGUGAAUGCCACUUUUAAAGAAGGGGUAUUAACUGGAUGUCAAUUAAUUGGAGAGAUCGCUUUGAGUUAUAUCAAUAAUGAUGGUGGUAUUAUACCAGUAAGCAUCAAUAUGAAGAUUGAUGGAAUUAAUAAUUUCGAAAAAUUGAUUUUGAACCCUAACUUUAUUGAACGUACAGGUUCGGAUGAAUCUGAAGAAUUCCGAGUAGUACCAAGCUUGAUCGAUUCUAAAACACUGGGUGCUAUCAAAUUUAGUCAAAAGAAUGCAGUAGCACCUAUUAUCAUUCAUCCGAUUUGGAGAUUUGAGCCCCAUCAAGCAAGUGUAGUAUUGACUAUUAAAUUAUCCCCCAAUUUACCAGCAAGUGUCAAUCAAUUGGUCUUGGAAGAUUUUGUAGUAUUUGUUACUAUGGAUGGAGCUAAUGCUACUAGUGCAUUAUCCAAACCACAAGGUUCGUUCAGUAAAGAAAAGAGAAGAAUUACAUGGAGAUUCCGUGAGCCUAUGGUAUUGAAAAGAGGAGAAGAAGAAAGAAUGAUUGCAAGAUUCAUGACUGAUGGGAUUGGUAGAGAAUCAGAACGUGGUAUAUCUACGAAAUUUUCCAUUAAAGAUUCUGUGACAGAUUCUAAUAAUAUACGAUUAUCUUACCAAGCCAUAGAUGAAAACGAUCCAUUUGGAAGUAAUUGGAAAGACGUUCAUACUACAAAAACUCUGGUGGCGGGUAAUUAUUUUGGCCUAUCAUAA